GGGGGCACUGUGAAUUGAGGAAAACUCGGACCGUAGAACAAGGAACGAUUGGAACGUAACCACGAAAACAACAUGGCUGAUGCAGAAGAAGGAAACAUACAAGGUGGAAAUAUGACACAAAUUGCGAUGCAUGCACAAAUUGGUACAUUAGCAGAGUACAAAUUAGGAGAAGAUUGGCAAAUUUACGAAGAGCGUCUAGAUCAAUAUUUAACAGCGAAUUAUAUUAAAGAUGAUAGAAAAGUAUCUGUAUUAUUGACGGUCAUUGGUCCAGAUGCGUACAAGGUUAUAAGAGAUUUGGCGAAUCCAGAUUUGCCUAAGGAUAAAACAUAUUUGCAGUUGUGUGAGAUUUUAAGAAGCCAAUUUUCACCUCGAGUGUCAACAUUUAGAAAACGAAUUGAAUUUUAUGAGACUAGACAAGAACAAAAUGAAAAAGUGAGUGAAUGGUACGCUCGAAUUAAAAAAGUGGCGGCUGAUUGCAAGUUCGGGAAUCAGUUGGAAGCGAUAUUAAAAGAUAAGUUCAUAUCUGGUUUGUGUGAAGGAAGAAUACGAGAACGUUUGUGUGAAGAGGAAGUCACGAAGUCUUUGAACGAUUUAAAGGAAAUUGCAUUAAACAAGGAGCUGUCACUACAAGAAGUGGAAGUCAACAAAAUGAAAUUCAUCCCAGGCAAACGAGGAGGAUCAGCUGGUAGCAAGGCGCAAGAACAUAGUAAAUGGCAACAAACUCAGGACAACACCAACAAGGGACCAAAGGGAAACAACGUCAGCAAAAAAGGGUCGGCAUGUUUUGCUUGUGGUAAAGGUGGUCAUGUAUUUGCGACAUGUAAAUAUAAGAAAUACAAAUGUAAAAUUUGUAAUGAGGUAGGUCAUUUAGCUGUUAUCUGUAAGUCUAAAACUAAUCGUGUACAUUUUUCAGAAGAAGCUGAGGAGUUAGAAAUGUUUUAUGUUAAAAGUGAAAAUGGGGUAACUCAAUUUAUGUUAACCGUGUUAAUUCAAGGUGUACCUGUCAAAUGCGAGUUAGAUUCUGGAGCAGGUAGAUCUUGCAUUCCAAUUGAUUUCUUUGAAAGGAACCUCAGCAAAUGUACAAAAAAGCUAAACACGUCGGUACAAUUAGCUUUUUAUGAUGGAAGUAUUGUCCAGCCAGCUGAAGAAUUCGAAGCAAAGGUUGUAUAUAAAGGGAAAAAUGUAGUAAAAAAAAUUUUAUUAGUUGACAAAGGAUCUAGACCACUUCUAGGUAGAGAUUUAAUGCAAUGUUUUGGUAUAAAGUUUAAUAUUCCAGUCGAGACGUAUAAAAUCGAUGAAAAACCGAAUGGCGACGAUUUAAUCCAAUUAUUGGAAAAAUAUGACGAAAUCUUUAAACAAGAAUUAGGGAAGUACGCGUAUGAAAAAAUCAAAUUAGAAGUAACUCCAGAUAUUAAACCGAUUUUUAUUAAACCGAAACCGGUAGCAUAUGCGUUUCGAGAUAAUGUCGAUAAAAUAAUUGAUAAAUUAGAAAGUGACGGAAUGCUGACUAAAGUAAACAAUGGCAAGUUUGGUACACCUUUGGUACUAAUAAUAAAGUCUGACGGGUCGAUUCGUUUGUGUGCAAAUUAUAAAAUUACGAUAAAUAAAUAUUUAGUAGAUGUGAAUUAUCCAUUACCCAGAAUCGAAGAUCUUUUCACUGCUCUCCAGGGUGGGGAAGAAUUUACAAAACUUGAUUUUCUUAAUGCUUUUAAUCAGUUAGAAUUAGAUGAGGAAACAAGUGAUUUGCUCACAUGGAGCACUUGCAAAGGAAUUUACCGCGUUAAUAGAUUGCCAUUUGGCACAAAGCCGGCGUCAGCAAUUUUUCAGAGAAUAAUAGAAAAAGUUCUACAAGGAUUACCGGGUGUAGUUUGUUUUAUUGACGACGUAGUAGUUACGGGAAAAACGCGACAAGAGCAUCUUGCUAAUUUAAAUGGGGUUUUAGGAAGGCUUCAAAAUGCGGGGUUCAAAUUAAAUAUAAAAAAAUGUAAAUUUUUUCAAAAGGAAAUCCGAUUUUUGGGUCAUGUGAUUAACAAAGAAGGGUUAAAAACAGAUAAUAGCAAAGUAGAAGCGAUUUUGAAAAUUCCUAGGCCAACGAACAAAAGUGAGGUUAAAACAUGGGUUGGUACUGUAAAUUAUUAUUCGAAAUUUAUUCCGAAUGUGGCGGAAAUACUAUUACCAAUGUACGAACUGUUGAGGGACAAUACGGAAUUUAAAUGGACUGAAAAAUGUGAAAAUGCGUUCAUUAAAACAAGAAAGGAAAUCACGUCAAAAAAAGUGCUAGUGCAUUUUGACAGAACAAAACCGAUAAAUAUGUAUUGUGACGCUUCUCAGUUUGGUAUAGCUGCGGUAUUAACACAUGUUUUUUUUGGCGGAACAGAGCGACCAAUUGCAUUUGCGUCAAGGGUAUUACAACCUGCGGAAAAGAACUAUGCGGUGAUUCAAAAAGAGGCGUUAGCAAUUUAUUUCGGAGCUAAAAAAUUCUAUCAAUAUUUAAUCGGAAAUAAAUUCAAUCUAUUUUCGGAUCACAAGCCGUUAGAAGCACUUUUUGGAAAAAAUAAAAGUCUCCCAGAAAUGGCAGCGGGUAGGUUGCAAAGGUGGGCAGUAUUUUUGUCGGGCUUUGAAUAUAAUUUUAAGCACAUAAAAGGCAAGAGCAAUUGUAUUGCUGACGGCCUAUCGAGACUUCCAAUCGAGACACAGGUAAUUCAUGGUUUUGAUGACGGAUGUGAGUAUUUUAAUUUUAUUGAAAGUUCUGUACCUUUGACUGCGAUUCAAUUGAAAGUAGAAACAAGAAAAGAUCCUGAGUUGAGUACAAUUUAUUCAUAUGUAGAGAAGGGAUGGCCUAUUAAAAUCGAGAGUCAUUUAAAACCAUAUGAAAUUAGAAAAACUGAAAUUUAUAUUGAUCAAGGUGUAUUAAUGUGGGGUUAUAGGAUUCUUGUACCAGCGAAAUUCAGAAAUAAACUUUUAGAGGAAUUGCAUUUAACGCACGCAGGUAUGGGAAAAUUGAAAUCAAUGGCACGAGCGUAUUUUUGGUGGCCGUUAUUAGAUAAAGAAAUCAAAAAAAUUGCGUUACAAUGUCAUGCGUGUCAAUUGGAAAGACCGGAUCCGCAAAAGGCAAAAUUAAAACUUUUUGAAGAGGCUACUUUUCCAUUCGAAAGAAUACAUAUAGAUUUUUUAGGACCGAUUGCAAAAAAAAUGUUUUUGAUUGUUACAGACGCGUUCACAAAAUGGCCUGAAGUUUUCAGUAUGAACAAUACAACGAAAGCGUUGAAUGAUCAAAAAAACAAAAAUGUACAAAUAGAUACGAUUGUCAAUAGAUAUUUAUUAAAUUAUAGGACUUCGACUCAUUGUACAACGGGAGAAACACCGGCAAAAUUAAUGUUUGGAAGAGCGAUUAGAACCAGAUUUGAUUUUUUGAAACCUGACGGUAAAAAUAAAGCAAUCGAGAGAAUAAAAAGAAAUCACAAAGGUUGUGAAAAUAUGUGGAAAAGGCAUAUGGAUCAAAUGUUAAAAGUUUAUGAAAUUGUUAAAAACGACGACAACACUAAAGAAAAGUCAGAAAACGUUGAGAUUAUAUUGGAUCCUGUUUGUGUUAAAAAUCGAAUUGAUCAAAAUGAAAAUAGUCAAGAAAAGGCAAAUGUAGAUUCUGAAAUAACUGAUGUAGAGAAUGAAUUGCAAAAAAAUAAUGUUGAUGAACAGGAGAAGGACGUUUGUGCACUGCAAAUGGAUUCUAAUGUGAUUCGUCUAAUUGCCGAAUCUUCAUCGGGCAAUAAGCUUACUGCCGGGCAUUAA